UCUCUUAAAAUAAAACCCACUCAUCGGAAAAAUCUAGUUUCUCUGAAUCGGUCGUAUCUUUGUUGUUUAUGCUGCUUGGCUUGUGUCCAUCCAUGUUGCUGCUGUAUUUUUCCUUAGUGUGUUCUCAAUCCGGUUAUGAGAGACAAGAAAAACAGGUCUGUAUCUGGAUCUGUAACCUCCCCACCACCUGUUCGUCACCACUCUGUCACCUGAGCCAGACUCUUUAUUUCUGCUCAGAUAGACCAGAGGCUCUUGUAAUUCUUGCUCAUAUUUUGUUUGCUCAUCUAUUCACUUGUAGUUAUUUCUGGAAAAUGACCAUUAAAAAUUUCCAAAUUGAAUACGACUCCAUCAAUAGCCAAAACAUCUUCACCAACGGAGAUACCAUCAAUGGAAGGAUCGUCGUGGAAGCCUCGAAAGAAACGUCAAUCCAAUCGCUAACCUUUAUAGGAAAAGGAAGUGCAAAGGUUUGCUGGCACGAGUAUUACGGGCAAUAUAGCAGUGGCUACUUCUGGUCCGAUGAGAAAUAUUACGAAAUCAAGCAACGUAUCUUGCGAGCCGGUACUGAUUGUAUUCCCAAAGGAAGACAUGUGUUCCCCUUUUCCUUCAAGGUCCCUAACAGGAAAAUGCCGUCCUCCUUCAAGUCGUCCGUCGGUAAAAUUGUUCAUAAGCUUAAAGCGGAGCUUAAACAAUCAAUGAAGUUGACAAAAAAAGCAAAAGCCCACUUCGCAUUUGUCUCCAAAGCAGACAUGACCAUACCAGGACUUAUGGAACCUCAGCAUGAUUGCACGGAUAAAAAAAUCACCGUCUUUGGUUCUGGGAUCAUUGCAAUGGAUGUUCACACCCAAAGGAUGGGAUACCACCCAGGUGAGGAUCUCCAAGUCAAAGUUGAAAUUCAUAACCAAUCAUCCCGUGACGUGAAGCCCAAAUUCGUAUUGUACGAAAAGCAGAGUUUCUUUGCUCAAGGAAAGAGGAACGUUUGCACACAGAACAUCCUCAAGGAGACACUUGAGAGUAUUGCUCCCCAUAGUAACCGGAGAGUGAAAAAGGUGAUCACAAUCCCCAGAAGUUUGCCUCCUUCCAUUUUGAACUCCUCCAUCAUCCAGCUGGAAUACAGACUGAAGAUCUUUCUGGGUGUCAAAUAUGCAAUAAACCCAGAAAUCAAACUUCCAAUAGUUGUCCUACCUGACUUUGAAGAUCCUGCAGGAAAACAACCUCCGGGUCCUGCUGCUGCCUAUAGAUUUGAGCAAUUUGGGACAUCACGCAAACAGAGCUGGAGCAAGGCAUCUCAGUCUUCAGAUCUCCCUCCACCAUACGGAGCACACGCCGAGUAUCCCUACUUGAGUGAUUAUAAAUAUCAAAGAUGACCAAUUGCUGAAAGAUAUUAUCACCCGUUUCCUCCCACAUUCCAAUAACAUGCAUGGCAGGUUAAUGGAACACUCUAAUCUGCUGGUCAGGCAGCAUCUCAGCCCAGGACAGAAAGAGACUGGAGCGACUGGUCAGGAAGGCCAGUUCUGUCCUGGGCUGCUCCCUUGACACCCUGGAGGAGGUGGGCAACAGAAGGAUGCUAACUAAGCUAAAAGCUAUGAUGGCCAGUCCCUCCCACCCCCUCCAGCCCGCCCUGACAGCACUUGGUAGCUCCUUCAGCCAGAGACUGUUACACCCGCGCUGCAAGAAGGAGAGAUACCGACGCUCGUCCCUACCGACUGCUGUCAGGCUGCUGAAUAAAAAUAACAACAAUAAUAAUAAUAAUAAUUAAAUGAUGUGAUGUGAAAAACAAUUGUAAAUAGAACUGCGAUUUAUCCAUUUUGUAUUUAUAUUGCACUUAAUUGAACAGUGUUUGUUUGUUUGUUCUUCUUCUUUCUACCCACAUUCUUGCUGCUGGAGGCUGUAAAUUUCCCCAGUGUGGGACAAAUAAAGGAUAUCUUAAUCAGCUGUCCACUGUCGUAAGCGCUGUCCCUGAAACUCAGUGAGUUUCAAACUCACUGAGUUUCAGGGACAGAGGAUAGGGACAGUUUCAGGCUUAUCGUGAGGAUAAGCGGUUCAGAUAAUGGAUGGGUGGAUGGAAUUACGCAUCCAUUGAUGCAUUGGUAACGGCACAGGUCCUUACGUAAGUGGCUUUUAGUGUUGCAAUAUUCAAAUAUUGGAAAAAAUAUUUUGUACCGCACGCACACACACACACACACACACACACACACACACACACACACACACACACACACACAAGUCCAAUGCAUUUCUUCAUCAAUACAUUUAGACAAUGUGUCAAAAUGGUACUUUUAUUUUGAUAAACAAUACAAGAUCCAAUUAAUUUUUUUGAUCAAACUGAUGUCUUACUGACUGCUCCAUCAACAUCAAGUAUUAACUUUGAGGACAUAGCCUAGGUAAGGCAACCUUUUUGAAAAAGUUCUAGGGAGCCACUGCGGGGCGCUAAAGAGCCGCAUGCGGCUCAAGAGCCGUGUGUUGCUGACCCCCGGCCUAGGGGCUAGGGCAAGUGAGGAUAACGUUGCAUAUAUCUUUUUGUAUCUGUGAAAAAAAUCGUCUGUUGUAUUUAUAAAAAUCAAUGAGCUGCUACAAAGAACAAACAAUUGUAUUUUAUUUUCUGUAACAACUUUUGAACGCUUUAUAAAAUAUGCUUGUUUGAAGUUUAUUUUCAAAUAAAACAGUCAAUGUCUA